AUGGGAUUUUUAUUACUCUCUUUGUUCUUUAUAUUUUUUGUAAGAACAAAUAAUUAUGUGAGUGCCACUAAUUAUUCAAUAGAUGCAAUUAGCAAUAUUGGGUGCAACAUUUUUAAUGGAAAAUGGGUUUUUGAUUCUUCAUAUCCUAUGUAUGAUUUCUCAAAAUGUCCAUUUAUUGAUAAUGAAUUCAAUUGCCAGAAGUACAAUAGGCCUGAUAAUUUGUACCUUAAAUAUAGAUGGCAGCCUUCUUCUUGCAACCUCCCAAGGUUCAAUUGUUUGGUUUUCUUGGAAAAAUACAAAGGAAAAAAUAUAAUGUUUGUGGGUGACUCAUUAAGUUUGAAUAUGUGGGAGUCAUUGGGUUGCAUGAUUCAUUCUUCAGUGCCAAAUUCUAAAACUUCACUUACAAAGAAAAAUGGAAUUGCUGAAAUUGCAUUCUUGGACUAUGGAGUUAGAUUGUCAAUGUAUCGUACUCCAUACUUGGUGGACAUGGUCAAAGAAAAUAUUGGGACUGUUUUGAAGUUGGAUUCCAUUACUGAUGGCAAUGCUUGGAGGGGAAUGGAUGUAUUGAUAUUCAACUCAUGGCAUUGGUGGACUCACACUGGCAAUUCACAACCAUGGGAUUACAUGCAAGAGGGGAGCAAAAUUGUGAAAGAUAUGAACCGUUUGGUUGCUUUCACCAAAGGAAUGACCACUUGGGCUAGAUGGGUCGAUGAAAAUAUCGAUCCAUCGAAAACUAAAGUUUUCUUCCAAGGAAUUUCCCCUACUCAUUAUCAGGGCAAGGAUUGGAAUGAACCAUCAAAAUCAUGCAAAGGAGAAACACAACCAUUUUUUGGCACAAAGUAUCCAGGAGGGACACCACAAGAAGCAAUUGUUGUCAACAAAGAAGUGAAAAAAAUUAAAAAGAAAGUUUAUUUAUUGGACAUUACAGCUCUUUCACAAUAUAGAAAAGAUGGACAUCCAGGAUUUUAUAGUGAAAUGCAUGGAUCAGAUUGUAGCCAUUGGUGUCUUCCUGGUUUGCCUGAUACUUGGAACCUUCUUCUUUAUACAACUCUCAUUGGUUGAAAUCGUGGCGACCGGCCGGCCCUUUAGUCGCCACAAAAAGAAUCUACGGGUUUUUGUGGCCACUCUGAAAGUGUCGUCACAAAAAGUAAGAUGGUCGCUGAAGAAUAGUCUAGUCGCUGAAACUUAUUUGUGGGGACUCUUUAAAUUUGCAUAAAAUGUUACUUUCUGUGGCGAUUUCAAACUUCACCAUUAAAACCAUCACCUUUUUAUGACAAACCCACAAAAAGUAAGGGUUUUGUAGCUGCUAUGAAAAUAUCAUAGUUCUAGUGAUGACCUUUGAAGUCACCACGGGAAGUAACAUUUUACGACGACAUUUAUGGAUCGUCGCGAAUAAGUUUCAACGACUAGACUAUUCUUUUGUUGAGUUUUGUGGCGACAAAGUCAUCACAGAAAGUAUGAUUUCUCAAGUAAUGUGUGACCAUUUAUUUGAUUAGGAAGAUGUAUUGUUUAUGUAAAUUAGGAAUUUGAUUGAUUUCUGUUUGAUUGACAAAAUAAGAAGGUUGAUGUUUGAAUGAAUUAUAAAGGGUGUAUACGAUCUUUAGGCAUGAAAGGAUGCAUUAGUCCAUGUUGUAAGAUGAAUU